ACGUUCCACUUUGCAUUUUCACUAACCCGAAAAGGCUCUUCGUUGAAUCAGAAAGCUCUAGAAACCUCUCCAAAACCCUGAAGAAUUUCCCUUUUUAUUUCGCCUGAACCUCAAAACUAAACUUGUCAUUUUGCUACUUCUCAAUUUGCUUUUGCUUAUUGGAAAUCAGAAAACAAUGGCAACGUUCGAGGAAGCACCAGCAGGUAUUCCCAAAGCCGGAGAGAAAAUCUUCAAAACCAAGUGCGCUCAGUGUCACACCGUCGAUAAAGGCGCUGGUCACAAACAAGGGCCAAACUUGAACGGGCUCUUUGGAAGACAAUCUGGUACAACUCCAGGUUACUCUUACUCUGCUGCAAAUAAGAAUAUGGCUGUGAUCUGGGGAGAGAACACAUUAUAUGAAUACUUGCUCAAUCCGAAGAAGUAUAUUCCUGGGACGAAAAUGGUCUUCCCUGGGUUGAAGAAGCCACAGGAGCGUGCAGAUCUUAUAGCUUAUCUGAAGGAAUCAACUGCAUGAAGAUCUCUUUGGAAAAUCAUGAUACUUUUGCUAGUGGCCUAGAGUUGUAUCCAAUGGUAGCCUUACACAUUUUAUAUUUUUAAAGUCAUCCUUUAGCCGAUCAAAUAACACCACAUACUUUAUCAUGUCAUUCUUCUGGUUGAGCAAGCCAGUCUUGAGGAAUUUUGUCAAGAGUUUGUUAUUUGAAGUCUUUUCAAAUCUUUACGUGCUCAUGAAUGUGUUUGGAGCCAGUUCGUUGUGAACAGCUUACAUAUCUGGUGUUCCUGUGUUUUAUCCUUCACAAGUUGCUCUGUUGGUAUUUUAUUCAAAAAAAAAAAAGGAUUCUUCUGA